AUGUUUGAGGUUUUUAUGGAUAGAGAUACGUGUCAGGUCACCAAGUUGUAUAACUCUUGGUCAUAUGGUGAUGGCUCUUGGCCGGUGCUUUUUCGGCAACUAGCUGAGUUACUCUUGGCUUGUGCCACCGUUGACCAAAUCAGGAGUGAGGCUACUGUUUCCACUUACAUUGACAGGGCAGAAUUAAUGUCAAAGAUUCGCAAGACUAUUCUUAAUGACAUCGAUGCUACAACAUCAACUGCUUCUAAACGAUCUUUGCAAAAUGACUUUAAGGAUAAUGAUGAAGUUCCAAAAUGUACCAAAAUUGAUGAUUGCUUCCUGGUCACUUCUCCACAAUAUGAACAGGCCCAACCACUGCGUACUUCUCCACAUCGAACAUCUUUUUCAGAUGUUUCAAGUGAUUUCGUGCCAGAGAAUGAUAGUAAAGAGUAUAGUCAAGAUUCAGAUGAUAAUUACAUAUUGGAAUUGUCAGAUAGAUUGUUGGAGGAACAACAGUUAUGGCUUGGCCGAAUACUAGAAAAACAAAGCUGGAUUCCAACAUCUGAGUUUAAGAAUUUUUGUAGGCAUGAUAUUACCCAAGAUAUUAUGAAGCAUUUUUCUGUACGCUUGGAAACUCCAAACAACUCCAAAUCAAAUGAGUCAGAUUUAAAAAGAACGCUUGAGAUACUUACCAAAGAUACAAAUAAACGAAAAAUAGACAGUGCUUUAAAAGUUAUUAAAAUGAGAAAGAAAGAACAUCAGACGAUAUGUAUUGUUAAAUUCUCCUACGGUAAAUUGGCUCCCGAAAAUAAGGAAAUUAGCGAUGGCGUGAAGCUUGCUCGAAAUGUGAUCUGA